CGCUCGCAUGUAGCACAUAGCACAUGCCCCGGCCUCCUUUCGCCAAGGCCUGAGUACCCCAGUACCGUGGUUUACAGUCUCUCGUUAGAACAGUUUUAGCGACGAAGAAAUGCGCCACCUGCCGCAGCCGUUGUCAUGUCGUUAAAUUCAAAAUAAUUCUGUACAUUUUAUAUUUUGAAUAUGGGAAGGCCGGGAAAGUGCUGUGUCACAAACUGUUCCAGUACGCGACACAGUAAACCUUCCAUCGGGAAGAGAUUUUUCCAAAUACCCAAAGUGGUACGAAACUUUGGCGAAGUGUACCUUCGACGUACACUGAAACGUCAAAAACUUUGGCUCAUCAGAAUAAACAGAAAUGAUUUAAAAUAUGGUGACUUCGUUUGUAGUGAUCAUUUUGUCUCAGGUGCACCAUCGGCGUAUCAUGAGGAGGAUAGUGUAGACUGGGCUCCUUCUCUAAAUAUGGGAUCUGCUAUCGACUUACCCCAGGAUAAUAAUUUUGAAAACUCUACUCUGACUGCCGAAGACUUUGACAGUUUUCAGCUUCAAGAAAUCUCAAUGAGGGAAUGUGUCAAUACUCUGCCAGGAUUAAAACAUAGCAGCAAAGGAGCCGUGGAUUGUAAAGCGAAACAAACUGUUACUCAAGGAACUGCGUCAAGAGCUGUUUCUCUUGAUGAAUAUUGUGACAGUCUUCAACUAAACUGCCAUGAAAAGAAUGUUCAAGAUGCUGCUUGCAUCAGGGCUGAUUCUAUUGAUAGGAAUGAUAUUGAAACCUUCAAAGAGUGCUUUGAAAAAAAUCCCACCGUGCAAUGUCUCAAAUGUGUACACACCCAUGAAAAAAUAUUGGAACAUGAAAUAUUAAAAAUGGAACAUUGUGAUUUGAAAAUUAAGCAUGACUCUCUACAGAAUGAGUACGACAGCGCAUGCCAUUCCAUAUACAAGCUGCAAAAUGACUUAAAAAGUAGUGAAGCUGAAAAACAAGUGCUACAGAAUGAGUACGACAAUGCAUGCCAUUCGAUUUUUAAGCUGCAAAAUGAUUUAAAAAAUAGUGAAGCUGACAAACGAGUGCUUCAAAUGAAACUAGAAGCUGCUACUGAAGUAGUCAAUAACAAUUCGCAAGAAAUAAAUUUGAUUACAGAAAUAGUGAGGGUAAAAACAGAAGAAAUUUUAAAGUUAAAAGAGGAGUUUGAAACGAAAAUAAGGGAGGAAUAUGAAAAUGAAAUGUUAUUGCAAGUCACUGCACUGGCUCAUAAUUAUGAAAACAAUGCAGCAAAGCUCCUUAGUGAAAUCGAUUGCUUGAGAAGAAUGCAACAAAUCUCGCCUCGGAUGAAAUAAAUAGGCUGGCAUGAAGCAUAAGACUGUUGUGUUCGAGCACCACCAGUAGAAAAGUAGCCAGAUACAGAAUGAGCACACUUACGCUCAGCAGCUUAUGUUACAGCUGACAGAUUACAUUCUGGACGCGGAAUAUAUCACACCAACAGUAUUAUUAUAUUUAUUAUUACUCUUAUUAGUUUUGUUAUCAUCACUAUCAGAUUUUCAAUAGUAAUAGUAUCUAUUGAUACUAUAUUUUUAUGGAUAAGGUUGUGUCCAAACUUUCAUAAAUGUGUUUCUCCUUUCUAAUGUAUAUAUGGGGGUGUUGUAAUUUUUAAUGUUAUUGAACUUAUUUUGUUGUUAUUUUACUUGUUAAUUUCUUAACCAGUGUUUUUCUGCUUAAGGAUUCCUAUGAAAUAAAGAUCACACAUGCAGAUAGCAUAAA